GGCAAUGGUCUAGAGGAAGACUUUUAGAUGGGGCCAGUGAUGGUUGAAGGGCAAAGGGCAAAGCAGAGACCCAGACUUGGUCGUUUUUUCAAACUUCUUUUUUCUCUUUUAAUUUGUACCGUGUAGAAGGAACGUUAAUACUUUGACAUUUUUUUUCAUUUUUCAUUAAUUUAAUUCUUUCUAUGGUAUGAAGCAAGCAGCAGCUCAGAAACACACCAAAAAGCGGACUAUACAUUUAAAUCCCAAGUUUUCCUUCAAUUAUGUUCAAAUCCAAAGCAAAGCAAAAACACCCUGAAACCAUGGAAGAGACCUUCUCUUUAAUCCUUGAUGGCUGUAAGUUAGCUAAAGACCUUGAAUCAAACCUUGGGAAUUUGGCCAACCAGCCACAGAUCCUUUACAAGUCUUGCGAUGAUAUCAUAAAGGUUUUUGCUACUGCGAAACAACGGUUAAAUGAUCAAGACCCCGCCUUGUUAUCCAACUUACUCGCCCGCGAACCCCUCAAAUAUUCAUCAUCACAGCAGCAGCUGCAGACUGAUCCCAGUUUGCAGGAAUGGCUAAAGUAUGGUGUUAUUUCACAAGCAAUGGAGAUGAUUCAACAUCAGCCUGUGCCUGCAGGAAAAACUACUCCAUUAAUCGAAAUCAAUGAAAUGGGUGGAAAGAAAUUGUUGGAGGGUUCUCUUGCUUCUGCACGAUUGAAGGGCAUCGUAGGAGUAGGAGGAGAAAUCCAAGCACCUGAUGUAUUAGAUUCUGGUAGAGGUUCCUCAUCCUCAUCGCAGCGACCGCGAAGGAGGAAGGAUGCGGAAGAGAAAUGCACAAUGACAGUACCGGCUCCUCAGAUGGGAAACACUGAUCUUCCACCGGAGGAUAACUACACUUGGCGAAAAUAUGGGCAGAAAGAAAUCCUGGGUUCAAGGUACCCUAGGGCUUAUUACAGGUGCACACACCAAAAGAUGUACAACUGCCCUGCAAAGAAGCAAGUUCAGCGGCUAGACAACGAUUUUUACACAUUUGAGUUAACAUACAUUGGUCAGCACACGUGCCACAUGUCGUCUACGGCACCGUCAAUUCCGCCACCACCCCCACUUGACAUGACACAGGAUCAGAUAAUGACCCAAGCUAUGGUUACUCAGCCUACACCAACUUCUUCUUCAUCAGUUCCUUUAGGAAGAUGGCUCUCAAUGGAAUUCGGCCUGGGCUCUGGGGGAAGUGGUAGUGGCAGUGCAGCAGCAGGUGGCUCCACCACAGGCGGCCGAUAUGGAAGGGAUGUUGAUUAUCCAGCAGUGGCAGAUAUGGCAGAUGUUAUGUUUAAUUCUGGUAGCAGCAGCAGCAACAGCAUGGACUUUAUUUUUCCUUGCGCAGAUGACAAAUGGGAGGCAGGUGCAGGGGACAAGAAAAAUUGAUGACAUUAUUUGCUAAAGACCACAGUAGAAAUUAACUAGAAACAUUAUUCAUGAUCAUCAACAUUGUUCAUUGAUUGGCGACUAAAUUAAUUUGGGUGGCCGAUGUUGUCUAAUCUUUACUCAUCUUGUUGAUACACGCACAUAAGACGUGCUGUUUAUCGGUUGCUUGAAGGUCAAAAGUUCAGACAAUAACCUCACUUAGACUUAUAGCUAUACAGGUUACACACUGAUUUAAGAAUUUUGUUUGCUUUUUAAACUUCUUAUAACGUCAUACUUUGGUGGGUACAAAAAGAAACGUUUAUUCCACUACGUAUUCUGGCUUAAUUUGUAGAUUAUGAAAGAAUAUUAGUACUUCUUGUUUCCAUUCCAUGUAUAUACUUUAUGACUCAUAGAUUGUUAAGCCAUUCAUGGAUGAUGGAUCCAUGGCUACACCAUGGUACUUAAAACUUGUUUCUAUUUUAA